AUGGCAGGAAAAGUCGUCAUCCUCACCGGCGCACCUGAGAGCGCCUCUCUCGACUGGGCCUCGCCGGACCUGCUCUCCACCUUCACCGGCCCCAUCGCCGAGUUCGCCGGCCUACUAGCUCCGGCCCCUACCCCUACCCCGGACCCCAGCUUCCGCCACGCCGUCUGGCGCUCCAUCCCGCUGGAGAGGACCCGCGUGCCCACCGGCUUCUCCCAGCAGCACGACUUUGCCUCCGUCGGCCGCUUCCCCACCUGCAACAACUUCUUCUUCACCCCGGCUGCUGCCUCCUCCGAGACCACGGCGUCUGCCGUCUCCGUCUCGGCUACCGGCGCCUCCCACGAGCCCGCCGACAAGGCCCCCGGCGGCAGCGCCGACGCCGUACUCUCCCAGUUCUACGAGCACUCCCUCGCCGCCCACGACGACAUCCCCUCGUCCCAGCUCGGCCUGAGCUCCGAGGAGAGCACCACCUCCUUCAUCAGCGCCUCCACCUCCACCUCCUUCCGCAGCACCGCCAGCAUCGACGCCAGCAGCACCUCCGCCCCAGUCAGGGAGCCCCUGGCCCCCCACCGCGGCGGCGGCGGCCAGCAGCACCUCAGCGACCUCGAGGACAUCCCCUCGGCAGGCUACCUCGACAGCAUCAGCCCGCAGACCGUGACGGCCAACCUCAUCGUGGGCGUCAUCUCCAUCGCCUCGCCGCGCGCCGUCCGCACCCGCUGGGGCUCCGCCCGGUCCCUGGUCGAGGUCCUCGUCGGCGACGAGACCCGCUCCGGCUUCGCCGUCACCUUCUGGCUGGCCGCCUCCUCCUCGUCGGCGGGCGUCGGCGGCGAGACGAGCGCCCUGGCCGGCCUGCGCGCGCAGGACGUCGUCCUGAUGCACAACGUGGCCCUGCACGUCUUCCGGGGCAAGGUCUACGGCAGCAGCCUGCGCAAGGGUCUGACCAAGGUGCACCUGCUGUACCGGACGAGGCUCGACGACGACGACGACGUGGGAGGGCACUACAGCUCGGCCGAUCUGGCCUCUGCAAGGAGGGGCCGCGCCAAGAUCCACCCCCAGCUGCAAAAGACCGCGAAAGUGAGGGACUGGGUUCUCAAAUUCGUUGGCCAGGGAGACCAUCCUGCUACAAAGAAGCGCAAGCACGGCACGAGAGCGUGGGAUAUGCCGCCGCCUCAUGAUACACAGUAA